ACACACGAAGCCAUCCCUCGAUUGUGUAUGUGCAUGGUUUAAGGUGUGUGCAUGCAACUGGUAAAUAGGUUUUCUUACUUAUCUUUAUAUACGAGGCGGAGAAUGGGAGGCCACAGUCGUCAUUAGAUUCAUUCGACUGAGCGUGCAAAAGUAACGGGUCUAACGAAGAAAGUCCCGUUCGGUGGUUCUCACCAGACACUACAAGCUAGCGUGGAUGAGCGAAAACUAAAUUCAUCGAGGGAAGCAUCUCCCAUAGGACAGCAAAGACCAGGCACAUCAAACAUGGCGGCAGCGGCACACACCCAUAGUUCACCAUCGCCUCGUCGUAUCUCAAUCUCAGUCUGUUCUUCCGCAAACGAGUACAACGUCGAAGGGUUCAUGUCCAAGCUUACCGAGUUGCGAGCCGCACAGCCUCAUAUGAUCGCCGAUGUCCGUUUCCGUAGCCUACCGUACAACGACAUUGAUUCAUUCAAGUUUCCGUCAAACGACCCCGUUGAUGUGAUGGUCCUCUGCCAUUCGAUCCAAAAUCGAGGGUUUUCAAUCACCAAUGUUCUGAACGCUCUCUACGAAAAACACCUGAAAUAUUGCCGUGAUGUAGUUGGAAAGAAGAAGCUGGCCGUAAUUGUUCACGAUUUUAGCGACUGCAAAACUAAAACCCUUGAUGCCAGGAUGGAAUCGCUCAGGAGGUCACAACCUUUGACAUUUGAACUUGUCGACACCGUGAUCAUAUGCGGAAGCCUGGUGGUCCCUGGCAAAAUCGAAAUGAGAGAUGAAGAUAUGACACGACUUACACUCUUCUUUGAAGAAGCGCGACUUGAACCCAAAGAGAAAAAUUUUGAACAUGAAUUAUUCAAAAGGUUCUUAGUAAACAUUGUCAAGGAAUUAUCAUAAGAAACCACCAAGGAAUUGAAGGUAGAAGGUAGAAAAAUCUUAUGUUUUAGAUAAGUAAGCGAAAAACGAAGUCGGGUUACCUCAUUUAAAGUAGGUUUAGGACUAAAUUUUUUCAUGUAGGUAAAUAAGUUGGUCCAAUGGUCUGGUCUCUGGUCUGCCUACAAAAGGUACCGGAUUCGAAACCUAGUUUCUUCCAGCAGUUCCAGAUGGUGACAGGGCGUCAAAGGUCAUUACGCGGACGCGAAAUUUGAUAAUAUACGGCAUCUGAUAUAUUAUAUAAUACAUGUUAUUACCGCACCCCCUCAUACAUAAUCAUUUAUACCCACUCAUCACUCACAAAAUUACGUGAUUUCUUGUCUUAGGCUCUGUUUAGUUGACACUGUAUAUAUGUCAAAGGUCUCGGGUCAUUGUACAUACGUCAAAAGUAAUUGCAUAUCCUUACAUCAAAGGUAAUGGAUUCCCAACGAGGAUGCAGAAAUUGAUAAUAGCUCGCAUCUGAUACACUUAAUAACUGCAAAUUUUCCUUAUACUUUUGAUCUGUUGAAUUUACAUUGUACAUAAUUAUGAACAGUUUAAUCAUGCAGAUAUACAGUAAAUAAAGAAUGAUCUAUUUUAGUUUUUGUUAAUUUUUAAAACAAUUUUUAAGACUUUCAUUUGCUUCGCCUGUAAUGUAGACUAAAUAACGCAAUACACGUACCCAGGCGCAUACGCCGCGGGGGGGG